AUGCCGCAGCAAAAAGACAUCGUGAAGAUCGCCAUCCAGAUGCCUGGGGCCUACCCUCAGCUCAUACGAUUGGACCAGAAGAAUCCUCUAUCUGCAGUUAUUAAGGAUGUCUGUGAUGGCUGGAAUCUCCCAGGUCAUGAGAACUACGCGCUUCAGUAUGCCGACGGAGUGCAGACAUACAUCACUGAAUCAAACCGUCUGGAUAUCAAGAACGGUUGCAUUUUGCGUCUAACCAAGGCCCCGGGACGCUGUGCAGAGGAUUUGUUUAAAGGCAUCCAGAGCAUGGACCUGGGCGUGCGUUGCGAUUCGUUGAAGCAACUCGCCUGCGUUUCCACUGACGUGACAUUCGCGCAGGAGUUUAUCAGUAGAGACGGACACCUUUUACUGGUCAAAAUCGUGGAAGACUCCAGCGAGAGUACUCUGAUCAUGACCCACACACUGACAGCUUUCAUGGAGCUGAUGGAUCACGGCAUCGUAUCCUGGGAAAACCUCUCAUCAGUCUUCAUCGAGAAGAUAGCCUGCUUCGUCAACGCAAAGGCGGCCGAUGCGUCCAUCCAACAGGUGUGCUUGGACAUCUUGGAGAAUAUGGUGCUUAGCAGCUACAGCCUGUUUGUACAGGUCAAGCAAGUGGUGACCAUGGAGAGGCUUAUUGAUCACUUGCAGAUGACAAAUCAGCAGAUCCAGACCAAAGCUAUGGCUCUUCUCAUGGCUCUGUUGCAGACAGCCAAGGAUGCUGACAGACAGGAAAUGUUUGCAUACUUGAAUAAGAAGAAUCUCCGUCAGUACAUUCAUAAGAAUAUCAUCCACAGUUCAGGUUCAGUCCAAGAUGAGAUGGCGCACUACCUCUACGUCCUCCAGUCACUGACCUUAAAACACCUGGAGACACGGAUGAAGAUGCCACUGGACUAUUCUAGCCAGGAGCAGAGAGAAAUCCUUCACAGUUUGCGGCAGGCAGCCUUUGAGACAGAGAGCGAGAACAGCCUGAGCCAUGAAAGACGACGUUCUCUGUGCGCCAAAGAGUUUAAGAAGUUGGGCUUCUCUAAUAAUAGUAAUCCCGGUCAGGACUUGUCGCGAACGCCUCCUGGUCUUUUAGCUUUGGACACCAUGUUUUUUUUUGCGACACGCAAUCCUGAUGCUUACAGCAGGUUUGUCCUGGAGAACAGCAGCAGGGAGGACAAACAUGAGUGUCCUUUCGCUCGGAGCAGCAUCCAGCUAACGCUCAUCCUGUGUGAAAUCCUUCGCAUCGGAGAAGCACCCUCGGAGACUGGGUUGGACUACCACCCCAUCUUUUUCAGUCAGGAUCGCCUGCUGGAGGAGCUCUUCUGCGUGUGCAUCCAGCUGCUCAACAAGACCUGGAAGGAGAUGAGAGCCACACAGGAGGAUUUUGACAAGGUGAUGCAAGUGGUGAGGGAGCAGAUCACACGCACGCUGUCCACCAAGCCUACGUCAUUGGAGCUCUUCAAGAACAAAGUGAACGCUCUCAACUACAGCGAGAUCCUCAAACUGCGUCAGACAGAGCGACUGCACCAAGAAGAGACUUUGGCACCACCCGUUCUUGAACUGAAAGAGCGUCUGAAACCUGAGCUGCUUGACUUGAUCCGUCAACAAAGACUCAACCGGUUGUGUCAAGGGACCAUGUUCCGAAAGAUUAGUAGUCGACGUAGACAAGACAAACUGUGGUACUGUCGCUUGUCGCCCAAUUACAAAAUGUUGCACUAUGGCGACGUGGAAGAGGAUUCGGAAACUCCGCCCAUCGAAACGCUGCAAGAAAAGAUCCCAGUUGCCGACAUCAAAGCUCUGCUGGUGGGCAAAGAAUGUCCUCACAUGAAAGAGAACAAAGGCAAACAGAACAAGGAUGUGUUGGACCUAGCAUUUAGCAUCACCUACGACGUGGAGGAAUACAGCCUCAACUUCAUCGCCCCCUCAAGGACUGACUUCUGCCUAUGGACAGACGGACUGAGCGUCCUCCUUGGCCGAGACAUGAGCAGCGAAUCCAUGCGUAGCGAGCUGGACAUCCUCCUCUCCAUGGAGAUUAAACUCCGCCUACUGGAUUUGGAGAACAUCCCCAUCCCGGAGAACGCGCCCGUGGUCCCCAAGCCUCCAAGCAACUACAACUUCUGCUACGACUUGAGUCAAACCGAGCAGUAA